AUUUGGUUUGAACAAAGUAUAUAUGUCUGAAUAAAAUUUUUUUAACUCUUAGAAUAUAAUCUUUUUAUUAUAAAAAUACUAAAAAUUUUGUCUUCUCUGUUUUUAAAUUAGAGAAAUUGAGUAUAUUUUCAUAUCUUCACCAGUAUGUCCCGUAGUGCAAAUAAACGAUUUUAUAGGUUGGAUAGUAUGAAUGAUUUUACCAGUAAUACUGAAUCAAAUUCCAACACUCAGCAAGAUAAUAGAUGGAAUUUUGAAAUAGCUUGGGAAGCUGCGAAUAAAGUUGGAGGGAUUUAUACCGUUAUAAGAUCCAAAGCAUAUAUAUCUACAGAAGAAAUGGGAGAUCAAUACUGUUUAGUAGGACCCUAUAAAGAAGCUUCAGCAAAAACUGAAGUAGAAGAAACGGAUUUUCCAAAAAGUAGUCCUUUAAAUGAAGCAGUUCAAGCUUUGCGUGAUCAAGGGUUUAAGGUUGUUACAGGAACAUGGUUAGUUGAUGGAAAUCCACAAAUUAUUCUCUUUGAUAUUGGCAGUGCAGCUUGGAAAUUGGACGAAUAUAAACAAGAAUUAUGGUCCUGCUGUGGCUUUGGUAUCCCUCAUUUAGAUAUUGAAGCGAAUGAUGCUGUCAUUUUCGGUUACCUCGUUUGUCAGUUUAUGAUCGAAUUCAGAAAGAUAGCAGAACGGUCAUCAGUCGACGAGCCACGAAUUGUAGUACAUUGUCAUGAGUGGCAAGCAGGAGUCGGAUUAAUCGCAUUACGCACACGUCAUGUAGGUGUGGCUACAAUUUUUACUACCCACGCAACUCUUCUCGGAAGAUAUUUAUGCGCUGGAAAAACAGAUUUUUAUAAUAAUUUAAAUAAGUUCAACGUUGAUGAAGAAGCUGGGAAACGUCAAAUCUAUCAUCGAUAUUGCAUGGAAAGAGCUGCGGCUCAUUUAUCACAUACAUUUACUACUGUAUCAGAUAUUACAGGACUAGAAGCCGAACAUCUUCUUAAAAGAAAACCAGACAUUAUAACGCCAAAUGGAUUAAACGUAAAGAAGUUUUCUGCCUUGCAUGAAUUUCAGAAUCUUCACGCUGUGAAUAAAGAGAAAAUUCAUGAAUUUGUAAGAGGACACUUUUAUGGGCAUUUUGACUUCGACCUAGAAAAGACAUUAUAUUUUUUCAUUGCUGGAAGGUAUGAAUUUGGAAAUAAAGGAGCUGAUAUUUUCAUUGAAUCAUUAGCCAGGCUUAACCAUUAUAUAAAAGUCUCCAAGCUUGAUAUUACAGUGGUAGCUUUUUUAAUAUUUCCUGCUAAAACAAAUAAUUUUAACGUCGAAUCUCUUCGAGGGCAUGCGGUUACAAAAUCUUUAAGAGGAACAAUUAAUGACAUACAGCAAAAAAUAGGAAAAAGAAUGUAUGAAGCUUGUCUCUCUGGUCGUUUGCCAGAAAAUAAAGAUUUAUGCCUUAAAGAAGAAUUGAUGAAAAUCAAAAGAUGUCUUUAUGCUCUACAACGAAAUGGAUUACCUCCAAUCACAACUCAUAAUGUUAUCGAUGACUGGAAUGAUCCAGUUCUUAAUUCUAUUAGAAGAUGCAACUUAUUCAAUACAACCCAAGAUCGUGUAAAGGUGGUAUUUCAUCCGGAAUUCCUUUCAUCCACAAAUCCACUAUUUGGAUUAGAUUAUGAAGAAUUUGUGCGGGGUUGUCAUCUCGGUGUUUUUCCGUCUUAUUAUGAACCUUGGGGUUAUACCCCAGCAGAAUGUACUGUGAUGGGAAUUCCAAGUAUUACGACGAAUCUAUCUGGAUUUGGUUGUUUCAUGCAAGAACAUGUAGCAGAUCCAAUGAGCUAUGGAAUUUACAUCGUUGAUCGUAGAUUUAUUAGUUUAGAAGCGAGUGUACAGCAGUUAGCACAAUAUAUGUUUGAUUUUUGUCGACUAAACCGACGUCAGCGUAUUAUUCAACGAAAUCGUACGGAACGUUUGAGUGACCUUUUAGAUUGGAGAAAUCUUGGAAUUUAUUAUCAACAUGCGCGUUUGAAGGCUCUCAUGAAAGUUUAUCCUGAUCUAUCAUGCGAAUUGUCAGAAAGUCAUAUAAAAUGCUUAAACUAUCCGAGGCCUAUAAGCGAGCCAUCAUCGCCAUCAUCAUCACGGCAUACUACUCCAGCUACAUCUGUUCAUGGUUCAGAUGAUGAAGAGGAAUUUGAUGAAGAGAAAGAGCUUGAAGAACUUCGAAAAGGUAGUAAAGAAUGAGAGAAAUUUCACAUAGUAUAUGGAAACAGAAGAGAUCUACUCAACUAUCCACUAAUUAAUCUUAUCCCAACGAUUAUUUCCUCAGCAAUGGUUUUGUUUAUUUCAAGUUCUAUUGCAGAAAGUAUCAACUCUUUACAUUUUUACAAUUGGUGAUACAAAUAUUAACAGAAUAUAGGUAUUUUAAUAAUGUGUAACGAAAAAUAAAAAAA